GAUUGGCGUUCGCCGGCCGGGUCUGUGGGGUUUAAAGAGGGGGGCGGGGGCGUGCUGCCCAGCCGCUUUGCUGUCCCCGCCGUGCGCCCAUCUCUGUCCCCGUUGUGCGCCCGUCGCGCCGUCGCAGCUGGGCUCUCGCAGCCUCUCCUGGCCUCCCGCUACCUCCAGCGUCCCGCAUCGCGCCGUAGCAUCUUGCCAUCGCCGGCCAGCUGCUCGUGAGCGCGCGAGAGGGAGGACCAGGGCAGGCGCCGUUCAGCCCAGGAGCAGGCACAGCCACAGCUAGUGAAGGGCGAGGCGCGGUGAGGACUCCACGGUGGCCACGAUGGUGGCCACAUGCCUGCAGGUAGUGGGCUUCGUCACUAGCUUCGUCGGCUGGAUCGGCAUCAUCGUUACCACGUCCACCAAUGACUGGGUGGUGACCUGCGGCUACACUAUUCCCACCUGCCGCAAGCUGGACGAGCUGGGCUCCAAGGGACUGUGGGCCGACUGUGUCAUGGCCACUGGGCUGUACCACUGCAAGCCCCUGGUGGACAUCCUCAUCCUGCCGGGCUAUGUUCAGGCUUGCCGAGCCCUGAUGAUUGCUGCCUCUGUCCUGGGUCUGCCAGCCAUUCUCCUGCUGCUGACAGUUCUCCCCUGCAUCCGGAUGGGUCAUGAGCCUGGCGUGGCCAAGUACAGGAGGGCCCAGCUAGCUGGUGUCAUGCUCAUUCUGCUGGCUCUCUGUGCCAUGGUCGCCACCAUCUGGUUUCCUGUGUGCGCCCACCGUGAGACCACCAUCGUGAGCUUUGGCUACUCCCUGUAUGCAGGCUGGAUUGGUGCUGUGCUGUGCCUCGUGGGUGGCUGUGUCAUCGUCUGCUGCGCCGGAGAUGCCCAGGCGUUUGGUGAAAACCGUUUCUACUACUCUUCGGGUUCCAGUUCCCCCACUCAUGCCAAGAGUGCCCACGUAUAAGAGAGCUGUCAGCCUGCCCACGAGGUGCUGUAGAUGCCGGGCCAUGGCCCGAGGUUUGCGUUAUCAUGGUGAGGGGGUGGGAAGCCCACUCCUCUGCCAGGCUCCGAAGCCAAAAGUCUAGAAAAGCAUCCUGUCUGGCAUUUUGUAGCCUUAACACCCCCCUCUCUUUUCAUUGCCUUAAAAGAAAUCUUUAGCUCAGAUAAUGCCACACAUUUUUUUCAUGGUUUGGCCCAUUAUUAGCUCUUUUCUUGGGCAUUGCUUUGUCAUAUAUAUAUGCCUAUGUAUAUGUCUAUGUAUAUACAUAUAUAUAUAUGACAAAUAUAUAUGAAACAAUUUUUCCUCUGUCUCUUUAAAUUUUAAAUAUCUUGCAAACAUUGCUGAGUUGGGUGUGGGGAGAGAAAUAAAAGACACUUUCAAACUGUUACAGAUGACAAUGGGAGCCUCAUAAAGAUGCCUCUCUGUUCCCUCCCUCCUCUCAGCUCCAAGGUCAUUUAGUUAUAACUGAUAGAAAAAGAUAGAAUUUCAGGGGGUGGGGGGGAGGGGACUCAUGGAACUUUUCCUCCAUGGGAAAGUUUCCCUUUUGUAAGUUGAGGGCAAAGGGUGGGGAUAUUUUUUAGUUUGUGAUUUUACAUUUAUCUGUACAUACUUUUUCAAGGUUGCUCAUUUUUAUAACCAUAGUUUUCCUGAAAUUCUUGAUUCAUCAGUAUGAAGGAAAUGAACCAAAUAAACUUUAAUGAUACCAUAAAUAAUAGUACAAGUGAGUAUAACUCUGACAUUCCACAAAACAUUUUUGAUUUCCAGGUUUGUAUGAUGUCAUUUUUAAUCCUAUACUUGCAUAUGCUUUAAAUUAACACAUUUUUAAAGCUUUUACCCUGUUCUUUCAAUUUUCAAUCUGUUAGCCAUCUUGAAGCAAUAUUGUCUAACAUAAAUUGUACUGUUGAAUUUGGCUUUACGGGUGUAAACACUGAUAGUGUAUCAGUAUCUGAGACCCCAAACUCUCCAAACAUUGAUGGUGCAUUUUGUUCUUUAAAUGAAAUCUGUGCAAUAAAAUAACAGCCUGUCUGCAAAA